CUCGUCCGCAACUUUUGCUAGACGUCUAAUUCACGCUAGAGUAGUGCCCAUAUUCAUUCGAAAGGCUAAUCCAGCAUGGCUCCGACCAAGAACAUCCCGAUCACAGUCUUCACCGGUUUCUUGGGCGCGGGAAAGACGUCCAUCAUCCUGUCCCUGCUUCCACGCCUUCCGAAAGACUACAAAGUCGUCUUGCUCAAAAACGAGUUUGGAGAUGUAGAAGUUGACAGUCAGCUCGCGAAGCAGUCGAGCCUCGCCGCGGUCAGCGAAAUUCUGAACGGCUGCAUGUGCUGCGUUCUGGUCGGCCAGAUGAAGAACGCCUUGCUAGAGAUCCGAGAAAAAUUCAGGCCCGAUAGGAUAUUCAUCGAAUGCUCGGGCUCCGCAUUCCCCGCAACGCUCGCCUUCCAGAUCCGCGAGCUCGAGCGCGAGACAUCUGACGACCUCAAGCUCGACGCGAUCGUGACCGUCAUCGACGCCGAGAACUUCGCUGGCUACGAGGACACCUCCCCAACCGCGAAGAUGCAAGCCAGCUACACUGACGCCAUCCUCAUCAACAAAUGGGAGCACAUCUCCGAGCGCGCACUCGACCUGCUCAUCGACCACCUCAACACGCUCAACGACACGACGCCCAAGAUCAAGUGCCAGGGCCGCGCAGGCGUCGACCCCGCAUUCAUCCUCGGGCUCGACACGACGCUCUUCCAGCUCGAGGCGCGCGGCGACUUCCCCGGCGACGACACGCACCACGACGAGGUCGAGACCGUCACCCUCCUCAAGGGCUACACCCCAACACAUGCUGUGCACACACAUGGUACCGAGGGCGACGCCAAUACGCUCACGCACGAUGCGCCUGGGGACGCAACCGACGACACGCCGAUAGCGGAGCAGCAGCUCGUCGACGCGCUCUCCUCUCUCUCGAAAGAGACCGUGUGGCGGGUCAAGGGCUUCGUGCGCCUGGAGCGCGGCCUGCACAUCCUCAACUGGGCUUUUGGGAGGCACGAGCUGACGCCGUUCGACGACGAUGCAGACAAGCACCGAGGGUCCAUCAAACUGACGGUCAUGGGCGAGCGAGGGGAGGUAAAGAGGGCGGCGCGGAAGUUGGCCGAGAAGAUCGGAGCGCAGAUGGUGUAGAAAUGGCCGGAUGUAUGACCAGUAGACAUGUAUAACAUCGGGGCUCGACACUGUCUCCUUAGCUUGUACC